AUGUCCCAGAUACUGAAAGCCUUCAAGGAUGCAACUGAGAUCUUGUGCUCCUAUGAGGCCAGCCUGAGUCAAGUCAUCCCUCUGAUCCACAGCCUCGACUGGUUUCAGGGCAGGGAGCUCCAGCAUGAGCAAGAGCUGCUCCCCAGGGUCCGGGACUUUGUCUGGAGGAUUCAGGCCUGCUUGGCUGAGCAUUUGCGUCCUCUAUGCCACUUCCCAAAAAACCAUCUGGCACAGCAGUCAAGCAUGGUAUGGAGAUUGACUGGAGGCCUGUACAGCAUCACUCAAGGAGCUGUGAGAGCAACUCUGGGAAGUAUGGCUUGGGUCGGUAGCAAGAGCUUGGAACUGACGAAGACAGCAGUGACCCGUGUUCCUGCAGCUGGUAUUGGACUGGUAAAGAGCAGCGUCUCAGCAGUGACCAGUGGUGUGGGAGCUAUAGGCAGUGCAGUGGCCAGCAAAGUUCCUUUCACUGCGAAGAAAAAGGACAAAGCUGACUAG